AUGUGCUCGUCAGACGGCAUCACUGCCGUCGUUGUCGCAACAUCUACUGGUGAGAGCCUGAGAGGUCCAGGGAGAGACCGAAAGAAAGAGGAGAGUCAGCUCGGUUUUACUUACGUGGACCCCGGCUGGGGAGGCCAGCGUUGUUCCAGCCAGAGCGACAGGCUUCUCCUGUACGGGGAGCCGAAGGCGGUCCGCCUGUGCGACGGUUGCGCCCGAGAAGCUGCGGCAGAGAACCACUUCGUGGAGCACCACGUCCCGCUGCUGCUGGGAGGCGCCACGCUGGUCCGGACGAGGCAGCAGCAGGCCUUCGGCCUGCUUCUGGCAGCAGCGCGGGCGCCGCGGCGGCGGCCUGUGCGCCUCCGAGUAACACGAGAUCUGUCUACGCUAGAAGAGCUGGACGACGAAGAGGAGGAGGCGGGGGUCUCGAAAGGCGGCGGCAUAGCAGAAGGGGGCCCCGCGAAGAAGAAGUCGAGGGGGGGUACCGCCCGUCGCCACCCCCUGGCCGAGGUGGAGUCGGUCGAGCCGGCCCCCGAAAGGUCGGCGUGGGAUGCAGCGGGGUGGCUGGGCAAGGCGGAGGAGGGAGCGGCGGCGGCCGCGGCCGCGGCGCUGGUGAUAAAGCUGAGGGGGAAUGAGCAGCUGAGACUAGAGGCCCGCAGCGCGGCCGAGCGAGACCGCUGGGUUUCCGCUCUUGGGGAGGCGGUCCGCCGGCUCCGCGCGCCCCGCCUGGAGGACGAGGUCGAGGAGGAGCGAUGGCGCCGGAGGGAGGAGGCCGACGCCGCUGCAAGACGCCUCCGGAACGCCCGGAAGAGGCAGGAGAACGAGGGGCUUAGGGCCAGGAUGGCCGAGAAGUACGGACUCGAUCCUGAGAAGUACGCCUUCUCUUCCCGCUCCGGCGGCGGCGGCGGCGGCGGCGGCAGCGGCGGCGGCUGUGGUGGUGCUGGCGGCAGCGAUGGUGGCGGUGGGGCUCGUGAGGGCGGCGGGGGUGCUUCUGCCAUCGCCGGUGCCGGUGCCGGGAGAAUACGGCCGGCGGCACCGCAGCAGGUGCAACAGCGGCAGAAAUCGCGGCCGGCAGGGAGCGACGGCGGUAGGAGGGAGGUUGUGGGGAUUGAAGGCGGCGGCGGCGGCGGCGGCAGGGUAGGCAGGGUCAUUGGAGAGGUUGCGAGAUUUCAGGCGUUGGCAGGACUGGUUCAAUAG